AUGCCUUUAGAUUUAUCACCUUAUCUUUUUAUAUUAGCUUGUUUUGAUCGAUAUUGUUCGAGUUCACCAUCAAUAAUACAUCGUUCGUGGAAGAAUAAUAAAAUAGCAAAACGAUGUAUUUGUGGAGUAAUUAUUCUGGUUGCUAUUCUUUAUUCACAUAUGGUUAUAUAUUUUGAAACUCAAUCAAAUGGAUCAAAUAUAAUUUGUUAUCCUCAACAAGGAACAUAUGAUUCAUUUUGA